ACUAGGUCCUGAACAUGUUGAUGUAGCUACGACUUUAAACUCUCUUGGUAACGUGUAUUAUGAGACCAACAAACAUGCCAAAGCCAAAGAGUGUUAUGAAAAAUCGUUGGAAAUUGCACAAAAAUCACUAGGUCCUGAACAUGCUGAUGUAGCUACGACUUUAAACUCUCUUGGUAAUGUGUAUUAUAAGACCAACAAACAUGCCAAAGCCAAAGAGUGUUAUGAAAAAUCGUUGGAAAUUGCACAAAAGUCACUAGGUCCUGAACAUGUUAAUGUGGCUACGACUUUAAACUCUCUUGGUAAUGUGUACCUUUAUGCUAAAGAAUAUGACAAAGCAAGAGAAUUUCUCGAAAAAGCGUUGAACGUUGAACAAAAAUCGCUUGGUCCAGAACAUGUUGAUGUAGCUACAACUUUAAACUCUCUAGGUAAUGUGUAUUAUAAGACCAACAAACGUGCCAAAGCCAAAAUGUGUUAUAAAAAAGCGUUGGAAAUUCGACUAAAAUCACUUGGUCUUGAACAUGUUGAUGUAGCUACGACUUUAAGCAAUCUAGGCAAAGUGUACCAUCGUACUAAAGAAAAUGACAAGGCAAAAGAAUUUGAUGAAAGAGCGCAGGCAAUUCAAAGAAAAUCAGUUUCUUCUGAUCAUGUUGUUGUUACUGUAUCUUCGAACAGUUUUGAAUUAAAGUCUGAUGAUACUGCUGAUGCUAAAUCCCCUUCAAACUUACACGUUCAUACGGAGAAAAAAGAAGAAAUUAACGAAAUUCUGCUAGAGAUUGCCCAAGAAAUUCCAGGUAAAUGGAAGAAAUUGGCAAUAUUUCUGAAGGUCAAAGAUGCGACAAUAGAAAGAAUUGAACAAAAUGAUCGUGACGUAGACUGGCAAGGGUUUAAAAUGCUACAGCAUUGGUUUGAAUCAAGAGAAAAUAAGCAGUUGUGGUACAAAGAGCUUGCCGCUGCUUUACGCAAGAUCGAGAAAAAUCGUUUGGCUGAAGACGUUCAUCAUAAAGGUGCAAAUGCUGCUUAA